CGCUGGAAAAAAAUAUGUGGAACUCAAAUAUUACAUGAAAAAGUCAAAGGGGAUAAUUUCCGAAUUCAGAAAAAGAGGAAAAUACCUGGAGGUCAGUGGGGAGGAAGAGGUCACUUGGAUAGCCACAUAGGGCAGACAGUAACUCAAGGCUCACCCUGUGAGGAAGGAAAGAGCCUGAAUCAAAGCACCACCAAACAAGGGAUGAGAAAUAGUUUUGAUCUCUUUGAGAAUCCAAGAAUAUCAGUGGUGGAAAAGCCCCACAGAGGGCUGUAUUGUGGGAAAAGCACAGAUUAUAGAUCAGAGCUGAUUAUGCACGAGAGGACUCACACUCGCGAGGAGGCCUAUCAGUGUUCUCGAUGCAGCAAAAGCUUUAGCAAGCACACCACCCUGGUGAAUCACCAGAGGACUCACACAGGAGAGAAAGCGUAUGAGUGUCCAGAUUGUGGGAAAAGUUUCAGUUGGAAGUCCAGUCUGGUCAAACACCAGAGGACUCACACAGGAGAGAAACCGUAUGAGUGUGUAGAUUGUGGGAAAAGUUUCUGUUUGAAGUCCAGUGUGGUGAUACAUCAGAGGACUCACACAGGAGAGAAACCAUAUGAGUGUCCGGAUUGUGGAAAGAGUUUCAGUCAGAAUUCCAGCCUGGUGAAACACCAGAGGACUCACACAGGAGAGAAACCAUAUGAGUGUCCGGAUUGUGGAAAGAGUUUCAGUUGGAAGUCCAACCUGGUGAUACAUCAGAGGACUCACACAGGAGAGAAACCAUAUGAGUGUCCAGAUUGUGGGAAAAGUUUCAGUGAGAAUUCCAGCCUGGUGAAACAUCAGAGGACUCACACAGGAGAGAAACCGUAUGAGUGUCUGGAUUGUGGGAAAAGUUUCAGUUGGAAGUCCAACCUGGUGAUACAUCAGAGGACUCACACAGGAGAGAAACCAUAUGUAUGUCCAGAUUGUGGGAAGAGUUUCAGUGAGAAUUCCAGCCUGGUGAUACACCAGAGGACUCACACAGGAGAGAAACCGUAUGAGUGUCCGGAUUGUGGGAAAAGUUUCAGUCGGAAUUCCAUUCUGGUGAACCACCAGAGGACUCACACAGGAGAGAAACCAUAUGGGUGUCCAGAUUGCAGGAAAACUUUCAGUCAGAAUAUCAACCUUGUGAUGCAUCAGAGGACUCACACAGGAGAGAAACCUUAUAAGUGUCUUGAUUGUGGGAAAAGUUUCAGUCAGAGUUCCAGCCUGGUGAACCACCAGAUGACUCACACAGGAGAGACGCCUUAUGAGUGUCUGGAUUGUUGGAAACGUUUCCAUCAGAAUUCCACUCUAGUGAUGAACCAGAAGACUGACACAGGAGAGAAACCGUAUGAGUGUCCGGAUUGUGGGAAAAGUUUCAGUCAGAAUUCCAACCUUGUGAGACACCAGAGGACUCACACAGGAGAGAAACCAUAUGAGUGUCCGGAUUGUGGGAAAGGUUUCAGUCAGAAUAUCAACCUGGUGAUGCAUCAGAGGACUCACACAGGAGAGAAACCGUAUGAGUGUCCAGAUUGUGGGAAAAGUUUCAGUACUAGGUCUAUCCUUAUAAAUCAUGUAGGUUUACACAUAGGAGAGAAACCAUUCAAAUGCCCAUACUGUGUACAGUGCUUUAAGCAAAAUUCCUCCCUUAGCAAACACAAGAAAAUGCACUUGAGGCAGAAGGUGUUGAGUGUAGAGAAGGGAUCAGAAAUAGUUUUGAUCCCUUCGAGAAUCCAAGAAUAUCAGUGGUGGAAAAGCACAGAUUACAGAUCAGAGCUGAUUAUGCACGAGAGGACCCACACCGGCGAGGAGGCCAACCAGUCUUCUCAAAGCGGCAAAAGGUUUAGCAAGAACGCCACCCUGGUGAAUCACAAGAGGUCUUACACUGGGGAGAAACUGUAUGAGUGUCCGGAUUGUCAGAAAAGUUUCAGUUGGCAUUCCAGACUGGUGAUACACCAGAGGACUCACACAGGAGAGAAACCCUAUGAGUGUCAAGAAUGUGGAAAACGUUUCUGUUUGAAGUCCAACGUGGUGAUACAUCAGAGGACUCACACAGGAGAGAAACUGUAUGAGUGUCCAGAUUGUGGGAAAAGUUUCAGUCAGAAUUCCCACCUGGUGAGACACCAAAGGACUCACAUGGGAGAGAAACCAUAUGAGUGUCCAGAUUGUGGGAAAAGCUUCAGUCGGAAUUCCAGCCUGGUGAAACACCAGAGGUCUCACACAGGAGAGAAACUGUAUGAGUGUCUGGUUUGUGGGAAACAUUUCAGGCAGAAUUCCCAACUGGUUAACCACCAGAGAACUCACACAGGAGAAAAACCGUAUGAGUGUCCAGAUUGUGGUAAAAGUUUCAGUCAGAAUUCCAGCCUGGUGUUGCACCAGAGUACUCAUACAGGAGAGAAACCCUAUGAGUGUCAAGAAUGUGGGAAAAGUUUCAGUCGGAAGGCCAGCCUGGUGAUACACAAAAGGACUCACACAGGAGAGAAACUGUACGAGUGUCCAGAUUGUGGGAAAAGUUUCAGUCGGAAUUCCCACCUGGUGAGACACCAAAGGACUCACACGGGAGAGAAACCGUAUGAGUGUCCAGAUUGUGGGAAAAGCUUCAGUCGGAAUUCCAGCCUGGUGAAACACCAGAGGUCUCACACAGGAGAGAAACCGUAUGAGUGUCCAGAUUGCGGGAAAACUUUCAGUCAGAAUAUCAACCUUGUGAUGCAUCAGAGGACUCACACAGGAGAGAAACCAUAUGAGUGUCUGGAUUGUAGGAAACAUUUCAGGCAGAAUUCCCAAAUGGUGAACCACCAGAGAACUCACACAGGAGAGAAACCGUAUGAGUGCCUGGAUUGUGGGAAAAGUUUCAGUCAGAAUUCUGGCCUGGUGAACCACCAGAGGACUCACACAAGCGAGAAACCAUAUGCGUGUCCAGAUUGUGGGAAAAGUUUCAGUUGGAAUUCCAGCCUGGUGUUGCACCAGAGUACUCAUACAGGAGAGAAACCGUUUGAAUGUCCAGAUUGUGGGAAAAGUUUCAGUCGGAAUUCUGGCCUGAUGAACCACCAGAGGACUCACACAGGCGAGAAACCAUAUGAGUGUCCAGAUUGUGGUAAAAGUUUCAGUCAGUAUUCCAGCCUGGUGUUGCACCAGAGGACUCAUACAGGAGAGAAACCGUUUGAGUGUCCGGAUUGUGGGAAAAGUUUCAGUCGGAGUUCUGGCCUGGUGAACCACCAGAGGACUCACACAGGAGAGAAACCAUAUGAAUGUCCAGAUUGUGGUAAAAGUUUCAGUCAGUAUUCCAGCCUGGUGUUGCACCAGAGUACUCAUACAGGAGAGAAACCGUUUGAGUGUCCGGAUUGUGGGAAAAGUUUCAGUCAGAAUUCCUGCCUGGUUAAACACCAGAGGACUCACACAGGAGAGAAACCAUAUGAGUGUCCAGAUUGUGGUAAAAGUUUCAGUCAGAAUUCCAGCCUGGUGUUGCACCAGAGGACUCAUACAGGAGAGAAACCGUUUGAGUGUCCGGAUUGUGGGAAAAGUUUCAGUCGGAAUUCCCAUCUGGUGAUGCACCUGAGGACUCACACAGGAGAGAAACCGUAUGAGUGUCCAGAUUGUGGUAAAAGUUUCAGUCAGAAUUCCAGCCUGGUGAACCACCAGAGGACUCACACAGGAGAGAAACCGUACGAGUGUCCAGAUUGUGGGAAAAGUUUCAGUCAGAAUUCCCAUCUGGUGAUGCACCUGAGGACUCACACAGGAGAGAAACCGUAUGAGUGUCCAGAUUGUGGUAAAAGUUUCAGUCAGAAUUCCAGCCUGGUGAACCACCAGAGGACUCACACAGGAGAGAAACCGUAUGAGUGUCCAGGUUGUAGGAAAAGUUUCAGUACUAGGUCUAUCCUUAUAAAUCAUGUAUGUUUACGCACAGGGGAAAAACCAUUCAAAUGCCUAGACUGCGCACAGCACUUUAGUAACUUACUUCCUAAUCAAACAAGAAAAUCCACAUGAGGGAGAAUAUUAUGUUUGUAGAGAAGCCUUGAAUUUCAUUUCUAAUCUCCCAUUGGAAGUCCUGCUGAGAAAUUAACUAUUUAAUUUCUGGCUGUUUCUUUUAGUCAAAGAUUAGACAUGAGGGCCGAGGGAAGAAGU